AUGGCCACGCAGCAAGAUGAAGGCGGUGUGCCCUUCUCCAUAGCACACCAACAGCAGCAUUUCCGCCUGCUCGAGCUGCCCCCGGAAAUUGUUGAGCUGAUAGACGCGCCCAAUCCCCCGCUGCUUUCUAUCAAAUCUCAAGCCCAGUCCGCCGCUCCUGGCACGUCCAACGCGAAGCCUGCAUAUGCAGUACUUUGUACACCGAACAAAUCUUUCCAGCUGCGCCAGGUCCAGACGUCCAACUCGCUCUUCCUGACCCAGCCUGCCCUCGAAGCCCCUGGCAACGAGAUACCCACCCCUGCCACACGCGCCAUUGCCCUGUGUACCACGACACUCGAGGCCUACACAUCGACUGCGUCUGCUGCUGCCCUUCUUAGGGAGGCGCUGCCGAUAUACGACAUUGUUGCCGGAGACGUCGAUGCGACCAGCAACAGCAGGAGCAAGACCAGCAUAUACAACGAUCUGCCCGUGUCGAAUGGGGAAUGUCAGGCAGCAUGGAAUGAGCUGAUAGCAUUCGAGGCGGAUGGUGGAUCUUACCAACCUUCGCCCAACGCCCUCUCACAAGUGUGGAGAUCCAUCAACGCUGCUGCGCUCGCCGAAGGCAUCAAGCUGGACGCACAGUUCCUGACCAACGAUAUUACCAAGGCUGCGGCUGAAGAGGGACAUCCGCCAGGCCUCGUAGAGGCUGUGUUAGCACAUCUAUCCACAGAAGAUUCCAACAACGGACCAUGGUCAUGUCUGGACAGAGCAAAAACGGUCGUCUUUACGGGCAGGACGUUGCUAGAAGCCAAGCACGGUAGCGACUUCCUCAUCGCUGACUUUACCGACACAUGGGAGGACCGCCUGCCUGAAGUAUGGCGCAAGGACGCACAACUUAGUGCCAUCGAGGGCGUCUACGACUUCCCCUCCGAUACGACAAUAAGGGCAAAGAGCAAAGCCUCCACAACAUCUAUUGCGGACAAUUCGGUAGCAGCCAUGAAGCCGUCGGCACGGAAAUGGCACGAGAAGUUGCGCUACAUGCAAAACAUAGAUACCCCAAAUUAUAUCAUCUUAUCCUCUUCAAGUGCAGUUCUAGAUUUUCUUUCUCAGCGUAUGAAGCGUGUUCAAUUCUUGGCAUCCGUCAUCAGGCUUCCAGCUCGAUCAGCUCUAGCACAGUUUGGAAGGCAUCACUUCACGACCAGCCCUACACUGCAUCAAUCGAUCCCUCCCGCAAAAAUGGCAACUAUCUCAGGAGAUGACGGCCCUACUGCGCCAGCCCCUCCUGUAGUCAACAAUUCAAACCCUACACCUGCGACCAAGGAAGAGAAGGCUCUACCAAAACUCACGCCAUCCGAGUUUCGUCAGUACAACAGGAUGGCCGAACAUAUGAACUAUUUCCACGAUAACUUCCGUGCGACCUGGAAAGUUCUCUAUGGGGCUUGUGAGGCACAGAAGAGGCCCAAGAACAUGUCUAUCCGCCAGUUUAUUAGCACAGGCCAGCAAUUUUGCCACCACCUCACGGUGCAUCAUACGAUAGAAGAACAACACAUCUUCCCCGUACUAGCCAAAAAGAUGCCUGCUUUCAAAAAGGAACUCGAGCUUCUUACACAGCACAAGCAGAUCCACAAGGGUCUCGAUAAGCUGGAAAAGUAUCUAGAAGAUUGUGAGAGCGGGGAGAGGGAGUUGCGAUUGGGCGAGUUGAAGGAGAUCUUGGAUUCAUUUGGGGAUGUAUUGUGGCAGCAUCUGGACGAUGAAGUCAAGCAGCUGGAAGCGGAGAAUAUGAGAAAAUACUGGAGUUUGGAGGAGAUGAGGAGGAUUCCUAUGUAA